AGACAGGGGGUUUAGGGACGCUGUGAGGUUUUUAGAAGACCGAGGUUUCGAUGUGAAAAUGCCCUUCUAUCUUCAGAAAGGCUGCAAGCAGCACAGCACCGAAGAGGCGAACCUUUCACGUUUAGUCACAAAAGUCAGAUGGGUGGUAGAAAGCGUGAAUGGCAGGAUAAAACAAUGGAAACUGUUUGACAAAGUUAUUCCAAAUACCCUGAUCCCUUCUAUUGGUGACUUUGUGAGAAUCAUCUGUGCUCUUAUCAACAGGUUUAAAGAACCACUUGUGAAAACUGACGCAACAUCAGAAGCACAUUGCAGGGCAAUGCUUGCAAAGUCCAAGGAACCAAAUACAGUGAAAGCAUUUUUGGAAAGCAACAACUUACUAAAUAAGAGAACUGUUUAUCAAAAGCUGGAAGCAGAAGACUUGAUGGACUUCCCUAAACUUUCCAUGGAUGACUUACGAAACAUCACCAUGGGAGUUUAUCAACUUAAACAGGCUCCAAGUUAUACAAAGGAGCACUGUGUUGAAGAUGGACUGUAUGAGUUGCUGGUCUUCUCAGAAAACCCUAAUCUGAUCAAGUUAAAAAUACAGUCUCGACACUGUAACAGCAGAGCACAUUCUUUGUGGAUUGAGUAUGACUCACUCUCUGAUGAUCCCAUCAAAGGUUGGUACUGCACUUGUAAAGUAGGCUCAAGAGUGGUCGGUUGCUGUGCCCACAUUGCAAGUGCAUUGUGGUUUCUAGGAUAUGAACGCUUCCAAGGCAAAUCAUCUGGGGCAGUGACUAUUUCGACAAAGUCUUUGGCUGAUGCAGCUGACAUUCCAACAACAGAUUCCGACACGGAUGAGGAGUAUCCAGAGGAAUAAACUGUAACACUAUAUGUAUUUAAAGUAGAUAUAAUUUGAA